AUGAGCCCUCAAGGUUUCAGAUUCACUUGGCUUUGUGAGCUUCUCGAGACGCUUGAUGCCGCUCGGAGAGAGCGGUGCCUUACCUCAAAUCGAAAUGUCAACCUCGAUAUCAAAUAUACUACAGAUUGGUUCGACGAAUACAAUGGACUUAUCCCUCGGCAUGGACCGGCGGCCGUUGCCUUCUUGUCAUGUCUCCUACCAGAACGCCUUCCGAAGCGGAGUUAUAGUAUGCAGGAGGCUUCCCUUGCCAAUGUUUGGGCGAGGAUUCGUCGAUUGCCAGCUGCGUCCGUCAAGAGGCUGAAGGCGUGGAAGUCUGCAGAAACUGACUUGGCGACGACCAUUGAACAAGUCUUUGCAGACUUUGACGACAACAUCGACGUGUACAAUGGUCCAGUUACUUUAGAGGAGAUCGACCAAACUCUCUUCCAGCUUGCCGCCAAUUCAGCGUUCUCCUCGCCAGAGAUACGCAAAUAUCAAAACAAUCAGACACAUAGCGACGUCCUCGCCCCGGUUGUGCGACGAUUGAAAAGUUCCGAAGCGAAGUGGUUCGUUCGCAUGAUUCUCAAACGUUAUACCCCUGUACAACUACCGGAGCGCACCGUCCUGCGCUCUUUUCAUUUCCUCCUUCCGCACAUUAUCGUGGUGCGAAAUUCGAUCGAGAGCGCUGUUGACGUUCUCACGCUAAAGGAACUGCAAGGGAUACCGUCGAACCCGAGUCCCGCUGAUGAGUCUUGGAUUCUGAGACUAUGUGCACAUUACAUCACUCCAGGGAUAGGAGCCAUGAUCUCUCGGACACCAUUUGUGAAAGCGAGAACCAUCAAGCACUGUUGUAAUGAGGCUCGAAAUCGAAUGAUGAGUGUGGAACGCAAAUACGACGGCGAAUAUUGCCAAGUCCACAUUGACCUUACAAAAGAGCCUCCGUCACAAAUCCAAAUCUUUUCAAAAAGCGGCAAAGAUUCUACGAGAGAUCGAAUACGUCUUCUGUCUGCCCUAAGGAAAGGUCUCAGGAUUGGCGAGCCAGAAUGCGCUUUUGCCAGAAACUGUAUUGUGGAAGGCGAGCUUUUGGUCUACGAUCGGUCAGCAAGAUCCAUCCUGCCUUUUCACACCAUUCGAAAGCACAUCCUGCAUGGUGGAAAGCUUCUCGGAACCGACAUGGACUCUCCUCGAAAACCCGAUGAGCAACUCAUGUUUGUCUUCUACGACAUCCUAUUCCUUGAUGAUACGGCGUUGAGCCAGAAGCCUCAUCAUGACCGAAGACAACGCCUUGAGCAGAUCGUGCGAACCGAGGAAGGAGAAUCCCAACUCGCGUACCGACAGGUCAUCAACUUCAGGAGCAGUGACGCAAGACGUGGACUGCUAGAUGUGUUCGCGCAUGCUAUUCGGCAUAGAUGGGAAGGACUCGUGCUCAAAGGUUGUGAUGAUCCAUACUUUUCCUUCUUACACUCCCAAAGUGUAAUCAAGCUCAAGAAGGAUUACAUCAAAGGAUGUGGAGAUGCGGUUGAUCUUUGCAUCAUUGGUGGUCGACGAGACCCAAGCAUCGUUGAAGAACUUCAACUCGGGUCGCUCUCAUGGACAACAUUCUACAUCGCCUGCCUUGAGAACAAGGAGGAGGUGCGCCGAUUUGAUGUAAAACCCAUCUUCCGCAUACUACAGACUGUGUCUUCCCAUGGUGUACCGAAAGAGGAUAUACUUCAUCUCAAUGCACAGGGCCAGAUGCAUCGAGUACCAUUUGCGAAUUCGAUCGAUCAUUUUACGGUUUGGCCUGAUUCCAAGGAAAUGAAGGGUAUGAGAGCCCCCUCGGAAUUGUUCAAAGUGCCCUUUGUUGUUGAGGUCAUGGGUGCUGGCUUUGAGCGUCCACAAGACGCCAGACAUAUGGUGCCACGAUUUCCCCGAGUGAUCAAAGUGCAUUCUGAUAGGCCGUUCACGGAGACCAGUUCUUUUGAGGAAGUGCAAAAGCAUUCAGAGAAUUAG